AUAAUAAUGGAACCAAAAAUAGAUGAAGUUUUAAAUAAAGAAUUAAAUUUUAAUAUUGAAGAUAUUAAAAAAGCAUCAAAUCUAUACCCAACACCAUUCCAUUUUUAUAAUGGUGAUAAAAUUGUAGAGAAUGGUAAAUCAUUAAUGACAAAUUUUCAACAAUACUUUCCAAAUUAUAAAAAUUAUUUUGCAGUUAAAGCAACUCCAAAUCCAUCGAUUUUAAAGAUUUUAAAGGAACAAACUGGCAUGGGUGUAGAUUGCUCAUCAUUAGCAGAAUUACUAUUAUCAGAAAAAGUUGGAUUCAAGGGUGAAGAAAUUAUGUUUACAUCAAACAAUACCAAAGAAAACGAAUAUAAAAAAGCAUAUGAAUUAGGCGCAAUUAUCAAUUUGGAUGAUAUUACACAAAUAGAAUAUCUUUAUUCAAGCUUGGGAAAUGUUAUGCCAGAGUUAUUAAGCUUUCGUUAUAAUCCAGGGCCAUUGAAGAGUGGUAAUGAUAUUAUAGGUAACCCAAAAGAUGCAAAAUUUGGUUUGACUGGCGAUGAUUUACAAAAUGCCUAUAACAAAGCUAAGGAAUUGGGUGUUAAAAGAUUUGGUUUACAUUGUAUGGUAGCAUCAAACGAAUUAGAUAUAGAUUAUUUUGAAGAAACAGCAAGAUUACUUUUUUCAACUGUUGCAACUCUCAGUAAACAAUGCGGUAUUCAAUUUGAAAUGGUAAAUUUAGGUGGUGGUAUUGGUAUCCCAUAUCGUCCACAUCAAGUUGCAGUAAACUAUCAAAAACUUACCGAAAGAAUUUACAAAGCCUAUAAAGAAUUAAUAUUAGAUGCUGGUUUACCACAAAUGAACGUAGUUACUGAAUGUGGAAGAGUAAUCACUGGUCCAUAUGGUGCAUUAAUUACUCGUGCAAUUCAUUCAAAAUCAACUUAUAAAGAAUAUAUUGGUGUCGAUGCUUGUAUGGCCGAUCUUAUGAGACCAGGCAUGUACAAUGCCUAUCACCACGUUACCGUUAUAGAUCCAAAAGACCCUUCAAAACUAAAACAAUACGAUCUUGUAGGUUCGCUAUGCGAAAACAACGAUAAGUUCUGCGUUGAUAGAACCUUACCAGAAAUUAACCGUAACGAUUUAAUAGUCAUUCAUGACAGUGGUGCUCAUGGUCACAGCAUGGGCUUCAACUACAAUGGUAAACUAAGAUCUGCCGAAUAUUUAUUAUUAAACAACGAAAUUAAAUUAAUCCGUAGAGCCGAAACUUACGAAGAUUUAUUUGCAACUUUAAAUUUUUAAAUAUAAAACAAAAAUAAAGAAUAUAUAUU